AUGGCCCGCGAAGAUGCUGUUUACCUGGCCAAGCUCGCCGAGCAGGCUGAGCGUUACGAAGAGAUGGUUGAGAACAUGAAGGAGGUCGCCUCCACCGAUGUAGAGCUCACCGUCGAGGAGCGCAAUCUUCUCUCCGUCGCUUACAAGAACGUCAUCGGUGCCCGUCGUGCGUCCUGGAGAAUCGUCACCUCCAUCGAGCAAAAAGAGGAGUCCAAGGGCAACAGCCCCCAGGUCACUCUUAUCAAGGAGUACCGCCAGAAGAUCGAGGCCGAACUUGCCAAGAUCUGCGAUGACAUCCUCGAGGUUCUCGACAAGCACCUGAUCCCCUCUGCCCAGAGCGGCGAGUCCAAGGUCUUCUACCACAAGAUGAAGGGUGACUACCACCGUUACCUUGCUGAGUUCGCUGUUGGCGACCGCCGCAAGGGCGCCGCCGAUGCCUCCCUCGAGGCCUACAAGAGCGCUACUGAGGUCGCUCAAACCGACCUGGCCCCUACCCACCCCAUCCGUCUCGGUCUCGCCCUGAACUUCUCCGUCUUCUACUACGAGAUCCUCAACUCCCCCGACCAGGCCUGCCACCUGGCCAAGCUUGCGUUCGAUGAUGCUAUUGCCGAGCUUGACACCCUGAGCGAGGAGAGCUACAAGGACUCUACCCUGAUCAUGCAGCUUCUCAGAGACAACCUGACGCUCUGGACCUCGUCGGAGGCCGAGCCGGCUGCCGAGUCCAGUGCUCCUGCCGAUAAGGAGGAGGCUGCUCCUGCCGAGGAGAAGCCCGCUGCCGAGUAA